AUGGACCACUUUCAUAUGUCGCUGUACACCCGACUGGACGGUAUUGUCAAUGCUGUGAAUCCUCGCAAGAGCGUCGUGUUUGCCCUCGACGGGCCUGCACCACUUGCAAAGCUGAUGACUCAGAGGUCAAGAAGGAAGAAAGUCAUCCUCACUGAGGCAAUGGAGAAGGGGAAAGUUGUGCCUUUCCUUGCCCUCACCCCUGGCACACCCUUCAUGGCAGAGGUCAAUGACUCCCUGGCUUUCUACAUCUGCCAAAGGCUGUUGAGCAAAAAGUAUUCACACCUGCAUUAUGAACUUUCAGGCGCCACUGUUCAGGGGGAAGGGGAAGUGAAGAUUUUGUCCCGCUUGCAUCGACCAGCAGAGCAUGUGGCGCAGAAUGAUUCUCAUGCUGUCAUCGGCAGUGAUGCUGACCUCAUCCUCAUGGCUCUGCUGGCCGACGCCCCAAACUUGCACAUCUGUGGCGAGGUUCUACACUCAAGCCCACCACCACCACCAAACAAAAUAAAAGUCCUUUCAGUCAAUGCACUGCACAAGUUGUGGCAGGGUAUUGGCCCCCCUGCAGAGCAGGACCCCCAGAAAAAGCUGCAGCGGCUUCAAGGGAUGCAACAAGACCUUGCACUGACCACCAUACUGGGAAAAGGAAACGACUACCUCCCUUCAGUGCAAGGGAUAUCGGCAAGGCCACUUGGGGGUGGUGGCCUGUGGAAGACGUAUUUAGAAAUGAGGCAGUGUCCGAAGUACCAAAAACGGGCAUUGGCCAAUCGAGGGGCCGAUGGUUAUGCAGUUAUUGAUGCUGAAUUUUUGGCUGACCUUUUGGAAAAGAUGCCAACUCAGCCUCAAGUGUUGGAGGUGACUGCCAAUCUCAAGGCAGCAGAUCCUGAGCAGUAUCUGCAGGGUUUGAGCUGGAAUUUGGACAUGUACCAAAAGGGUGUGUGCCCUGAUUAUGGCUUUUGCUAUGAUGGGCUUGGGCCAACAGCCACUGAGCUUUGCAGGGUGCUGAGGAAUUUCAACCUGGAUUCGUCAGCCCAUAAGAAGAGGCUGCAGUCAGAAGCUGCGAGCCCUGGCCGACCUAAAACACAGCAAAGUCAAGGAAAAUAUGUCUCAGCCACUUCACCCAUGAAGCCCAAUGUGUGCGCUAUGGCUUUGUUGCCCAAAAUGGGGCAGAGUGUAGCACCAGUGGCCCUCCAGCACCUGAUGAACGAAGACUCUUCCGUUCAGGACAUGUACUGUGAAUGCAAGGUGUGCCAUCGGUUAUCGGCUCAGUCAUCAUUGCAGCAACUACAAUUUGGCCAGUUGGUUCGUCAAAAGCUGGUUUUGGCAGAGAAGUUGUUGUGGCUGUCAAAGAACAAUAAGAGCGACGAAACCCUUGAGAACAAAGCUGCGCACCUGAAUGAAAAGCUUGAAGGCCUUAGGGACAAGAUCAGGGCCAAUGCAGCUGACCGGCAGCAACAUUUGGAGACAGCCCACCCGUAUGCAGCUUUUGCGAUUCACAGGAUCGAGAAAGCUGUUGCUGAUGUCCCUUUGUCUCAAUAUCCCGAGAACGAAAGACAGCUUGCAGAAUUUGGAAGUGAAUAUGUUUACCGACGGGUGCAAGGGGCGCAGCCACUGCGCGGAUCCCGUCCCCAGAGUACGUCAGGAAAUGGCGGACUAACGUCCGAACAGUCAGAGGUACUGAUAACGCCUCCUCAGCCACCCGGAAAGAAGUUGAGAGCUCUGCGAGGUCCACUUCCAAUUUUGAGACAGCGGUCUGUUUGCUCCUGCAGGUUGCAGCGCCCACCAGUGCGGGCCCACCAUGUCUUUGCACGAGUUGCAAGGUUUGCCACCUUGUUGAAAGGGAAAUUAUGA